AGAGGAGGAGAAAAGGAGAAAUAUAAUAUAUAAAACAGAAAAAGAAAAGCACAAAAUGAACACAGACAAAGAAAAGAAAGUCGUGGAAUAACACGUGCAGCAAUAUCCAACACUAUAUCAAACAGAGUUGGUGUCGAUUGCUGAUCACUCGAUUUUCUCUAGCAAAACAUAAAUUUACACAUCCACACACAAAUACUACCAAUACAUUUUUUACAUUUAACCAAACCACAAAAAUGCACACAGCACCAAAUUCAAUUUCUUUCAUAAGCAGAAUAUAUCAAUAUACCACCAAAAUCCAUCAAGAAUUAAUGAAAAUAGGGGGAAAAAAAUAAAGCUUUUAGGAAAAUAGAAAAUCCUUUUUAUCCCCUUAGCACCAUCCAGACCACCAGUUGAAAAUAAAAUGCCCACCUCUCCUUCAACUAGAACAGCACCACCAAGACCGCCGCGCCUCCGCCUCACUUCCUGCGCCGCCUCCGCCAUCCUACGGCAGAGGCCGAGCUCCCAGUUCUUUCUAUUCGGGCUGAAACCCAAGCGGCUCCAUUUCUUGAAGCCAUGCUCAUCCCUUAAAGAAACCAAAAAAAAGCAGCAGCAAACACUCUCAAAGACCCCAAACACCGCGCCCCAAAGUCUCAGACGAAUACUGAAUCUCAGCGCGAGGGGCGAAAACGAUGAGGUUAAAGACGGGGAUGCGGCCGACGGCGACGCCGGAGAUGACGCCGCCGUCAAAGGCACAAUCUUGGCGGGGUUUUUGCUUGUGGGCGUCGUCGGUGGGUUUGGGACCGUUGGGUAUAUUUACAGAGAGCAGAUCAAUGCUUUUCUGACUCAAUUUUCUGGAAUUAUUGAAGGUUAUGGCCCAGCUGGAUAUGCUCUUUUCGUCGCAGUUUAUGCCGGAUUGGAGAUACUCGCAAUACCAGCAAUCCCAUUGACUAUGUCUGCUGGGCUUCUAUUUGGAUCAGUUACUGGCACCAUCAUUGUAUCCAUUAGUGGCACUUUGGCCGCAAGUGUUGCAUUUCUAAUUGCCAGAUAUUUUGCUCGCGAUCGGAUUCUUAAGCUGGUUGAAGGAAAUAAGAAAUUCCUUGCAAUAGACAAGGCUAUUGGGGAAAAUGGCUUCAGGGUUGUCACUCUUCUCCGUUUGAGCCCAUUACUUCCCUUUUCCCUCGGAAAUUACCUUUAUGGGCUUACAUCUGUCAAAUUUGUACCAUAUGUUUUAGGAAGUUGGUUAGGCAUGCUUCCAGGAUCAUGGGCUUACGUAAGUGCUGGUGCUUUUGGCCGGGCUAUAAUUCAAGAGGAAUCUGAAAUAGGGUUGAGUGGAGGCAAUGGUCAGCAGCUUUUGACUCUGGGAAUAGGUUUAUUAGCAACCGUGUUUGCUGCAACCUACGUGACUCGGCUAGCCAAGGAUGCUGUGAAAGAUAUCGAGUAGCUAGGAUGCCAUGAUUUAUACCAAAUAAAAUUCAUAGAUAGAUGAUACAUAAUUUCCACCAUGUUAAAUUAAAAAUUGACAUGGUGCACCAUAUUUAUCCGGAAAAAGAAAAAAAAAAAAAACAAUCUUCUUGUAAUGAUAUUCUCUUUCUUUCUUAUUCUCCAUAUACUUUUCCAUUGUCUUCUUUCAUUUCAGAGAGAAUGGCAGUGACAAAUGAGAAUUAUUGAGCAUCCACAGGUGUGGUAAUUUGAUCCAAUCCAUCCCGUUUCACUGAUUGGGCAUAUCAUCCACCCACCCCUUUCAUAUUAAGGGUUUUUUUUCGACAUGAUAGAAGUAUUUUUCUUUCUACCAUAACCAAAGUUUUUAGUUACUGAGAAGAAAGAAACACCAGAGCAAAUUAC